AACUAAGAAAACACAAUUUCACAAAUGACAUAUUUUAUCUGUCAUCCUAAUUCUUGUGUCACCACCAUCUCUGUCAAUCGUACUAAAAUUAUAUCGCAAUAGCAGAUUAAAUUAUUUUGUGUUAAAAAAAAUGAUGUUGGCUUCUUCACAUACCUUGCCACCGUUUUACUUGACCAGUAUCGGCCGGAAACCCCAUUACUAUUCAGCACGCAAGAGUUCUUCAAGCUUUUCACAAAAAAACAUUCGUGAUGGCAAAAAUACGGUCCUCGAUGAACUGGCUGCUCUUUUGACCAAAUCGCAUAAAAGUAUCCUAAACAUCGCCGCCCACAAUGCUUGUAUUAAGACAUUCUUCGAAAAGGGCAGGCUUAAUCGAGUCCUUGAGGACGUUGCCGUGUCCUUGAAACAUAUCGACGCAAAUAUCAUUGCAAAGCACAUUACAAGUAGUAGACAAAAUUCAAGACAUCUAAUGAGUGUCACUGUUAAUACAGGAAUUGCUGAUGUCAAAUGUUUGCUAAAUCGAAGAAGAGGAUUGGGUUCAAAUUACGAAAUUAAAUUUGUACGACAUUUCAAGACUGACAGAGCAAUUGAAGCAGAGGCCAAGAGGAGUCCUUCGCUGAUCGCAAGAAUUCGAAACUCUUUGGGUGGAUCUUCAAAUAAGUACGAGCCAUCGAUUGCGGUUCAUACUGAAACCCUGACUAAACUGCUCAAAAAUUCCACAGAAGGCGGACUUCAGAAAGAUGGGGAGAAAAAUAUCAAAGUGGCUUUUGCUGAAGGUUACUUAGCAGCCCUUAACUCCGAUGAAACAACUAAGUCUGGAAAAACCAUGAAGUAUUUGAAGGUAUUUCAACAACUUCUUAUUAUAGUUGUGUUCCUAGGCAUAUUAGUGAGCCUCUUCUCAUCAUCCGGUGGGUCAAUGUUUAGGAUUCAAUUAGGUAAUCAAGUAGAAGUAGAUCCAGAAGAAAUUAAUGUCACCUUCGAUGAUGUUAAGGGUUGUGACGAGGCCAAACAAGAAUUAAAAGAAGUUGUGGAAUUUUUGAAAAACCCUGAAAAGUUUUCAAAUCUUGGUGGCAAACUUCCAAAAGGCGUAUUACUAGUUGGACCUCCCGGUACUGGAAAGACUUUGCUGGCGCGUGCAGUAGCUGGAGAAGCGAACGUUCCAUUUUUCCAUGCAGCUGGACCUGAGUUUGAUGAGGUGUUAGUGGGCCAAGGAGCUCGUAGAGUUCGAGAUUUGUUCAAGGCUGCAAAAGCAAGAGCUCCAUGCGUAAUAUUUAUUGAUGAAAUAGAUUCUGUUGGUGCGAAACGAACCAACUCAGUCUUGCAUCCUUACGCUAAUCAGACUAUUAAUCAGCUUCUGUCUGAAAUGGAUGGUUUCCACCAGAAUGCCGGUGUAAUAGUUCUAGGAGCAACGAAUCGCAGAGAUGAUCUCGAUCAAGCCCUUUUAAGACCUGGCCGCUUUGAUGUGGAGGUAGUAGUCUCAACACCCGAUUUUACAGGGCGUAAAGAAAUCUUGUCUCUCUAUUUAUCAAAAAUUUUACAUGAUGAAAUUGAUAUAGACAUUCUUGCCCGAGGAACUUCUGGUUUUACUGGAGCCGAUUUAGAAAAUAUGAUAAAUCAAGGAGCACUAAGAGCUGCGAUAGACGGUGCAGAAUCUGUGACUAUGAAGCAUUUAGAAUCGGCAAGAGAUAAAGUACUUAUGGGUCCUGAACGUAAAGCAAGACUACCAGACGAAGAAGCGAAUCUCAUAACAGCUUACCACGAAGGCGGACAUGCUAUUGUAGCCUACUACACUAGAGAAUCACAUCCAUUACAUAAAGUUACCAUAAUGCCAAGAGGACCAUCGUUAGGUCAUACAGCGUAUAUACCAGAAAAGGAACGCUAUCACGUUACAAGGGCUCAACUUUUAGCCAUGAUGGAUACAAUGAUGGGUGGUCGAGCAGCCGAAGAACUUAUAUUUGGAAUAGAUAAGAUAACUUCUGGUGCCAGUAGUGAUUUAAAACAAGCGACGUCAAUUGCAACUCACAUGGUCAAAGAUUGGGGAAUGUCGGAAAAAGUGGGACUACGUACAAUAGAAACUCCAAAAGGUCUUGGACAAGUUGAAUCGUUAGGCCAUCAUACCGUGGAAGCAGUUGACGCCGAAAUUAAGAGAAUUCUUAGUGAAAGUUACGAAAGAGCAAAAGCAAUUCUAAAAAAACACGCAAAAGAGCACAAGGCCCUAGCGGAGGCUUUGCUUAAAUAUGAGACUUUAGAUGCAGAAGAUAUUAAAGCCAUCAUGAACGGAUCACAGUAACAGAAAGAAUAGUGUACAUUUUAUAUAAGUUAGAGAUAAUAAUAUCAAUAUUUUCUAUGUUUAUUGUUUAUUUUGUAUAUACAAUUACAUUUUUGGCUUUACAAUAUUCGAAAGACAAAAUCCGCACACGUUUGCUUAGUUCUAAUAAAAUUCAAGUUUAUAAUUUAAAUUUUGUUGCAAUAUGAAAAAAGUGGGCAUAUACAAACCAGUUAAAAGGAAACGCCAAAAAUUCUGGGGAACAGAAAUUAGCUAUAGCUAAGGCAGUAUUUUAUUGUUAUUAUUGGAUUUAAUUCCCCAUGUGUUUAGACAAAAUUGAUGUAUGAAUUAUUUAAAUUAUUUGAACAGUUAAAUUAAAAUUAAGGAUCAAUUAAUUUACUCAAUGGAUUUCUCAAAUUUGGUUUAUGAUUCGAAAAAUAUUUGUAUUCGAUAUCCAAAGAGUAAAUAUUAGGCCUUUUCCAUGAUUUGCAAACCAAUAAAAAUCAUAUAAAAUCUAGAAA